AUGCCUGUCAUCUUACUUUCUAAUAUCGAUGUGGAGAAAGGUCUUUGUAACGGCAGCCAAGGCACGGUCAUUGGUUUCGUACCGCGUCUGAAGGACGACCUCAAGGAUCCAAAUCCCAAACAUUACAAGGGCGAUCAGGUUGGCUACGAUAUAGCGAAAGCACGUUGCAAGCAAAUCGGAGUCUUCAAAGCGAAUCUGGACACGAAACUAUACCCCGAAGUUCGGUUUUCCAACGGCGAACGCCGCGUUAUUGGCCCUGAUUGCAGCUUUUACAAUGUUGUUACUUGUUGA